AUGCAAAUAACAGCCGAAGACGCCCUCACUGCGAACAUGAACCAGAUCCUCGUGGAUAAGACGUUCGACCCACAGAACCAGCUGCUCGAAUGGCACCAGCCGCUAGAUACACCGGUCCCGCACCCGCUCAACGACGACCACGAUACGGUGGAGCUGCUCAUGAACACGGUUGUGGCGCAGUUCACGCAAAAGUUUUCCCACAACGCUCCGUUUUCCAUCUUACGCAUCACGGAAUUGGUGUUACGGCCGUUGCAGCACUACCAGGCGCACCAGCCAGAGAAGUGGCUACGGGCCCUCCAGUCUAACGUGUUGAUCACGUCUACCGUGGACGAUUUUCGAACGUUGCGCGAGGCAGACAUGGAAAACAACACGGGAGAGACGCAAACCGAAGUUCAUCCGACAGAUAUCGCAAUGGUGGAGAUUCCAUGGCUCACGAAUGGGGUACACAAGGGCGAGUACGAAUCGAACGGAGAUACGCUUCCAAACAAAGACCAUCCCAAUGAGCUUCUCACCAACGGAAAACUUUCCGAGUCGGCUGAUAUGUCCUCUGAAGAGGACAGAAUUUCUGGGAAGCUGGCAUCUCCCGAGACAAUCACGCCCUCAACCGCGCGCAAGAGAGACGACAGUGAGCCUGGCGUGGAUAGCGACCCUAUGCGGGAUGACUCUCCGUCACCAAUGAAGAAACAAAAGUUAGAGAGUCCCGAGUCGUCGCCCACUCACAGGACAGAGAUGGACGACGAGGAGCGGUUGGUGCUGGGGACUACCAGUAGCGACAGGGAGGCUGCGAUCAGUCCGACCAAAGGCGAACAGUUUCUUGUGCCAGAUGAGGGGGGGACGAUGCAUCUUGGGUCCACAGAUAUUAUCAGCGAUGAGGAGCCGCUUAAUAGCCCGGGGAAAUACCAGCGGGUAUAG